AUGCGGGUCAGCUCAUUGAAGUCGCCAAAAGUUGUGCUGGCCGUGUUAAUAUUAGCGGUGCUGUGGAAUGAAUGGAUCUCGUUUUAUGUUAAUUAUGUACAUUGGAAGCCAUUUCAUAAUGAGAAUUUGAACUGUACAAACCUGCUACUGGUCGCCGACCCUCAACUUAUCGGCUAUCAAAAUGAACCAUGGUGGAUUGGUUGGCUGAGUAGAUGGGAUGCUGAUAGAUACCUACAAAAAGGCUACGCCUAUGCUUAUGCUCACACCAAACCGGAACUGGUCUUAUUCCUCGGCGACCUCCUCGACGAAGGCUUAAGCGCGUCCGUUUUGGAAUAUCAACUAGCCGCCACAAGGUUUCAUCAAAUAUUUAAUACGGGUGUCGGCCCGGAUAAGCAAAUCUUCAUCCCUGGCGACAAUGAUGUCGGUGGAGAAUACGGAUGGGUCAUCCCAGAGCUUGUUGCUAAAUUUGACCAAAUCUUCCCUACAACACGAUACACAAGUAUUCCUAACCUCGGCCCAAUCGAUUUUCAUUUUUUGAACGUGUUUAACAUGGAGCUACGUCCUAUUCACCUGUCCACAGCCCCUUCUACACAACGAAUUCUUCUCUCUCAUAUGCCGGUCAUGAAAGCGUGGUCAAAUGCGUUGAUGAAGGCUACUGAAAUUAACGCAACGUUGAUUUUAUCAGCGCAUGACCAUACUGCUCAUAUUUAUACCAUGGAAUAUAGUUGGGUAGAAAAAGUAAUGCUACCUGGCGAAUUAUGGACUGGAUAUAUCGGCCCUAACCGCCGGCUUGUCGAAAUAAAAACGCCAACCUGUAGUUACCGCAUGGGAGUUCCGCAAAUGGCCUAUGGACAUCUAAGCCUAUGCCCCCUUACCACCGAUACCAUGGCCGCCAGCUAUCAGCUACUCCCACUGCCCGGACGAUACCCACAAGUAUUUGUAUACAUCAUCAUCCUCAUCUGGCUCCUCUCCACCUUACUCCUCAACAGGUUCAACAAAUGUGAUAUGCCACGUCUCAAACAUUUCCGUGCCCAAACCCCUUGCCAAACCAAAACCCUCCAUGAUAUCCUG